AUGUCUUCUCCAACCACCACCACUCCACGUCAAAUCCCUCCUUUCUGUGCCCUGUCGCCACCUUCAUGCCGCGCCGCAUCUCCAUCGUCAACAUCUGCCACGUCCUUAAAGAUCUCCGAGCUGCACCGUACGCUAUACGACUACGCUGCUGCAAAGUCGACGACUAAUUCCACGUUAAACCAGUUUGUGCCUGCCGAGAAGAUGAAGUCAAUGUCUGAUCUGGACAAGGAAGAAGAGGCGCAGACGGCGAAGUCGCACAAGGAGAAGGCGAAGAAAGGUGUUGCUGGCGUGAUGAACUGGUUGGAGAAGGAGGUCAAGUGA